CCCCCCACAGUCCCCAGUCUCCCCACCCCGAACACCCUCCCCUCUCUUCCUCAACUCCUCCCCUUCUCCCCCGGCGCGCGUCGCCUCGCGCUUGCCGUCCACGCCCACGCUGUCAGGCUCGGACUCACGGAAUUCCUCCUCGUGAACAACUCGCUCAUCCGCGUCCACGCGGGUCUGCUCGGCCGCCUAUCCGACGUACACCUUCUUCUGCACUCCUCGGGUACUGGGGAUCACGCUCAUCACCUCGCACGCGAGGGCGGGGCGAGUCGCCGGUGCUCAGUCACUGUUCGACGGAAUGCCUGCAAGGAAUGUUGUGCGCCCUGGUGACGGGAGGGAGGCGCUGGGGUGUUCUCAAAUGCAGGCCAAAGGUCCAUAGAGAUAAAUCUUUGGCCUGGAGCAAUUUAGAUGAGUUGCCCCGGAAGUUUUUUUUUUGGAGAAGGAGGAUCACCCCCGGCCUCUGAGCGCAUCAUCAAUUUUAGAGAGUUUGUCUUUGUCCAGCAGCAAUUUUAGAUGAGUUGCCCCGGAAGUUGAUGCGUGGGCGUAUCAUCAACAUCAUAUUGCAGGACAGCAAGGGGAAUAUUUUGGUCAAGGGGUGGUGAAGUAGCCCAUCUUGAUGAGCUCGCAGGAUUAGGCGUUGGAGGAUGUCCGCUACCAGGAUAAAAACAUAGGGGCAGAGGGGGUCUCCCUGGCGGAGCCCAUUUUUGCAGCUGAUCCAAUUGCCUGGCACCUCAUUGGGCAUGAUAGCUGUUUCUCCUGAGGAUAGUAGCGAGUUAAUCCUAGCAACCCAUUUGGGUGGGAAGCCCAUGUGGAUUAAGAGUUGUAGGAGGGGUUUCCCAAGCGAUGGAGUCGAAAGCUUUGCGGAAAUCAAGUUUGAAGAUCAUCGUCGUGGCUUUACUAGAAUGACAACAAUUGAGCAGGUCAGCCGCAUAGAUAAAGUUUUCCGCAAUGGAGCGCACAUUUAUGAACUCUGUUUGGUCGUCCUGAAUAAGGAGCGGUAUCAGGGGUUUCAGUCUAUUUGUGAGGAGCUUGGCAAUGGCUUUUGGAGGGCAAUUCUGAAGGGGGAUGGGCCAGAAAUCAUUUUGCUGAUCUGGCUACACUAUCUUUCGGAUGGAGGACCAUGAAGGCGGUAUUCAAACGAUCAACACCUGGGUCUAGAUUAUGGAAAGCGCGGAAGAAAGGAAUGAUGGUCUGUUUCGUCGAGUGCCAAUAUUUUUCGGUAGAAGCAAGGGCCGAAACUGUCAGGUCCAGGGCUGGCAUUUGGAUUCAUUUGGAGAAAAGCAUCGUAGAUUUCCUAAUCAGAGAAGGGGUCAUCAAGUGCUCGGAGCUGGGUCAGGGCCUCAGGGGUUUGGAGUAGAGAUCUGACAAGGAGAAGUUCCAGCCAUGAACUAUGGUUGUCCGUAUCAGAUAUCGGUAAAAGGAGUUUAUAACAGAUGUCUUUUCAUUGUGUGACGGUCUGGUGCAGCGCUUGACAGCGCUUGAGCAACGGCAGCCGACCCUGCCCCCACCGCCAGAUUCCACCACGGCUGCAGCUGCCACCCAUGACGCCACCUCCGUGUCCCAAGCCCUCCUCCCCAGCGGCGACUCGCCCCUGGUGAUUCCCCUCGCCAAAAGCACCUCUGGUGUCCCCUUAUCCAGCAAGGGAAUCGCCACCAUCGCCGCCGGCGGAGCUCCACCCGCCGGGCAGAUUGCCCACCCCCACCAUCCCCUCACUUUCCUGCCUUCACCGUCUACUUCCCCUCGCAACACAACCCUGUGCAGACAGCUGCCAACCACCAUCAGCGGCCAAUACCCUUUUAGCAACUCCAGCCAUCUCCUUGCUCGCCACAGUCACCCCUAACAUCAAUCUGGGCCACUUGGCACCCUCACCCUACACCCCAAAUCCCGCCCCAAUCUGUCCCCCCAAAAAAAAAAAAUCCCGCCGCAAUUUUGCUGCCCACCUACCAGCAACAGCCCUACCAUCAGCAGCAGCAGCAACUGUAGAUUUUCGCAGCCGCCUCUACCGCCUUGACGCCUCCACCUGCCAAACGAUUUCAUAUGCCGAUAUGACCGCUCCCCCUCCACAACCCAUCUAGGAUCCACCCCGCCCAUCACCUCUCCUCCGCCCCUACCUAACAAUCACCUCGGAUCAGGUUCUGGUUCAGGCAUGCCUUACUUCCACAAGCUCGACUUCCCAACGCAUGAUGGUUCGGUCGAUCCUCUUGGUUGGCUCAAUAGCUCGAGCGCGAUUUUGGCAUGCCAAAACGGGAGCAGUUCAAGGAAGCUUGCCGCGUUCAGUUUGGGCCGUCACUCCACACCAAUCCCUUGGGCAAGUAGGCACAACUGCCAUUCACUUCCUCGACUAGUGCUCAUGUGCCACAACAAUGAGCCACUAACACUGUCCCAACAACGGUUUCUGUGCACAGUAGGUCUGCCCUAUGGUCUUCGCAUUGACAUCAAGCUUCAGCUUCCAUCUGACCUCCACACCGCCUUCUCCCUCGCCAAGGCCUAUGAGCAGCAGCAUUCCCUCCAACAACGUCACCGCACCAGCCUUCUGGUCCUACAGGGCACUUUUGCCCCUCCGAUCUUCCUGCGGUCAAUGCAUCUACAAUACCUUCCCCACCAGCGCCACUAGCACAUGUUUUGUCGUCAACCACUCCGGAGCCAACCCCGCCACGGUUUUCGAUAUUACGGUCGUUAAGCCAUCUGCAUUUGUGGAAUAUGGAUUGGGUUGUUUGGAGCAACUUGCUGAUUCUGGGGAUCAUAGUGCAAGAUCAGUUCGCAAUAACCUGAGAGUCAUGGUAGCAGGAGGUGAUGGUACAGUAGGUUGGGUGCUGGGAUGCUUAGGAGAACUAUAUGUGCAGAACCGGGGACCGGUUCCUCCAGUUGCUGUCAUACCCCUUGGAACAGGAAAUGAUCUUUCCAGGAGUUUUGGUUGGGGUGCUUCAUUUCCUUUCUCAUGGAAAGCAGCUGCUAAACGAUCUCUCUACAAGGCUAUUUUGGGCACAGUUUCAUGUUUAGACAGUUGGCACAUCGUCGUUUCUAUGCCAGAAGAAGGAGAAGAACAAGAACUGGAUCUUCCCCACUCCCUUAGGCACCUCGGAGAGUGUACAUUUUAUGAUGAUGGCACUGCUGAGGGAGAGUUGUCUGAGACAGUUUGUUGCUUUGACGGCGUCUUCUACAAUUACUUCAGCAUAGGGAUGGAUGCUCAAGUGGCUUACGGAUUUCACCAACUACGUGAUGAAAAGCCAUUCCUUGCCAGUGGUCCUUUAUCUAAUAAGUUAAUUUACGCAGGAUACACUUGCAAGCAAGGGUGGUUCUUUACACAGUGUAUUAGUGACCCUGAACUACGGGGACUGACAAACAUUAUCCGUUUAUCAAUAAAGAAGAUGGACAGUUCUGAGUGGGAGCACAUCCCUGUACCAUCAAGUGUAAGGGCUAUUGUUGCGUUAAACCUUCACAACUAUGCGAGUGGAAGGAACCCAUGGGGAAAUUUGAAGCCUGAAUACUUGGAAAAGAAAGGAUUUGUCGAAGCCCAAUCAGAUGAUGGCCUUCUUGAAAUAUUUGGGUUGAAGCAAGGGUGGCAUGCAUCCCUUGUGAUGGUUGAACUUAUAUCUGCCAAACACAUAGCACAGGCAGCAGCAAUCCGGCUAGAGAUCAAAGGUGGCCAAUGGAGGGAUGCAUAUAUGCAAAUGGAUGGGGAGCCAUGGAAGCAACCACUGAGCACCGAGUAUUCGACAUUCGUUGAUAUCAAGAGGGUGCCUUACCCAUCAAUGAUCAUCAGCGGUGCAGAUCGCUAAUGAGAGCCGACAAUUUUAUGCGCUCGCCUAGCUGGACCUGCAAAGAGCAGUUUUCAGCUUCCAGCCUGGAAGCUCGAUGAAUUACAAGCUCAAUCCUGAUCAUCCUUGUGCAAAGCCGUAACAAUAUAUGAAGCUGUGGAUACAUAGAAUUUGUAUAGCAACGAUAGAAUGUAGCCAUGCCACUGCUUUGAUCUGAGUUAUGAACUUAAUAUCAUGCGUACUGGAUGAAGUUGCUCUUGCAAAUUGUUUAGUUAUUCGAGGGUGAUACUGACAAUUUUGUUGUAAAAGCGAGGCUUGAGACAAACUAAUUUUUGCCAAGUAGGAAACUUUAUGGAAACUAUUAGGCGAUGUGAUAUAUAUAACCAACAUUACUACGAGGAA